CACCGCAGCGCCGAGGAGAAGCUCUCGACCGACCUAGCUCCUGGUCGCAAGACGCCCCUUCCAAGCCGGAGCCAGCGAGACUGAAGUCACUUUCACACAGUGCACUGCAGAGGGGAGUGGGCAACGCUGGACUGGCCACUCGGCAUACACUGUCAAAUAAGAAGUUACUGUGUGAGCGCCGGGAACAAUGGGUGCAUUGGAGAGCCUGAGAGAGUUUAGUUUCUUGCGCUGGUUAAGGGAGGGCCGGCAGUCUCGGAAACUGAUCCUUCUCAUCGUCUUCAUCGCGCUGAUGUUGGACAACAUGCUGUUGACCGUGGUGGUGCCCAUCAUUCCCAGUUACCUGUACGCUCUCCAACAUCAAUCACCAGCAGAAAACCCAGUGGCAAGUCCUGAAGUUAUUUCGGCAACAAGAUUUCAAAAGAUAUAUUCCUAUUACGACAACUUGACAAUGGAAACUGGAAAGGAUGGCGAGCGAGGAGGGAAUGAAAUCAAUGCCACUCAGCCUGCAGUCGUCAAUUCCACAACUGCACCUGGCUCCAACUCGAGCUGUUUAAAGCACAAAGACCUGCUGAAUGAGAAUGUAGAAGUUGGUUUGUUGUUUGCUUCCAAAGCCACUGUUCAGCUUGUAACCAAUCCUUUCAUUGGACCGCUGACAAACAGGAUAGGAUAUCAGCUCCCAAUGUUUGCAGGGUUUAUCAUCAUGUUUAUUUCAACAAUUAUGUUUGCUUUCUCAAAGACUUAUGUGCUACUCUUCAUUGCCCGAGCUCUGCAAGGUGUAGGGUCUUCUUGCUCUUCUGUGGCAGGAAUGGGGAUGCUGGCUAGCGUUUAUACUGAUGAUGAAGAAAGGGGUAAUGCUAUGGGCAUCGCUUUAGGAGGCAUGGCUUUGGGUGUUUUGGUGGGCCCACCAUUUGGCAGUGUGAUGUUCGAAUUUGUGGGGAAAACAACACCAUUUCUUUUCCUGGCAUCACUGGCAUUGCUGGACGGAGCCUUACAGCUGUUUAUCCUCCAGCCGUCUAAACCACAACCAGAAAGUCAAAAGGGGAGCUCACUGUUUACACUUUUACGUGACCCUUACAUAUUGGUCGCUGCAGGAGCCAUCUGCUUUGCAAACAUGGGCAUUGCCAUGAUGGAACCAGCAUUGCCUAUUUGGAUGAUGGAGACCAUGUGUUCGCCAAAAUGGCAACUGGGCGUUGCAUUUGUUCCAGCAAGUGUCUCAUAUCUAAUUGGAACUUACAUCUUUGGUAUCCUUGCACAUAAAAUAGGCAGGUGGUUGUGCUCUCUGCUGGGAAUGAUCAUCGUUGGAAUAAGCUUUAUUUUUGUGCCGUUUGCCAAAAAUAUUUACGGACUUAUUGUACCAAACUUUGGAGUUGGUUUUGCCAUAGGAAUGGUGGAUUCCUCAUUGAUGCCAAUUAUGGGCUAUCUAGUGGAUCUACGGCAUGUCUCUGUAUAUGGAAAUGUUUAUGCAAUAGCAGAUGUGGCAUUUUGUAUGGGCUUUGCAUUAGGCCCUUCAACUGGUGGAGCCAUUGCUGAAACAAUAGGAUUUCCUUGGUUGAUGGCAAUUAUUGGAAUCAUUGACAUACUAUAUGCUCCACUGUGCUUUUUUCUUCGAAGCCCUCCUGCCAAGGAAGAAAAGAUGGCUAUUUUGAUGAAUCAAAAUUGCCCUGUUAAAACCAAAAUGUACACAACUCAAGACUACUUUCAUAAAGCCCCUAUGAUUGAUGAUGAGGAAGAAUCUAGGAGUGAUGAAUGAUUGGAGCCAUGCCAUUUUCUUUGCACUAUUAUCUUAAUGUAUAUUCAAGUGUUAUGUGAUCUGUCCCAUAAAUUAAUAUCUAAAUUGUUUAAUUAUUCUACCAUGAAAGCAUACCAAAGUUGCAACCUUAUUUAUCCAGAUUUAGAAUUAUUUAGAAAUGCAACUAAAUGGAGUUUGGGCUAGGGUAAAAAAAAGGUUGAAUAAAAUUACCAGCAGCCUUAUAAAAUUGUGAUAUUUAUUUAAAUUUGCUAGUCAGAACUAUGAUUUCAAAACAUUUAAUUGAAGACAGUAUAUUUUAUAAUCUUGCAUUUAUUAAUGAAGAUGGCCUUUGUCUGCUCAGUUUUUCCCAAUAUGUGUUAAUUGUUCUAAAUGUUUUCUUUGAAUAAAACAGAUAUGCGAUUAUAGGUCUGCAAAUUAGUUGCCAAAAGUAAAGUUCACCAGUUAAGUGACAAAUGAAUGAAACAAUUCCUUCUGCAAAGUUUACAGCUUUAGUUUAGUUAAGAUAUGCAUCAUGGA